UCGAAGGACGUCAUACAGUCCUUGAAGACUCCCUGAUUAUCCUCCCUGGAACCACGAAGCAGCUCCGAAUCCUCCGAGUUGAAGGAUGCAAGUGAACGCCCGAUCCGAAGCCAUGGAGCGAAGUUCUGAAGACCUUAGAAGAGGUAAUCUAGCAGAGCCUCCAGGGAUCCCCUCCAGUCUCCAAGGAAGGCAGUUCUGAAGAUCUAUUAUGAAGAGCCAAUCUAACAGAGGCUCCGGGGAUCGCCCCCAGUCUCAAAAGAAGGCAGUUCUGAAGACCCCAGAAGAGCUAAUCUAGCAGAGGAUCCAGGAAUCCCCCCCAGUCUCCAAGGAAGGCAAAUCUGAAGAUCUAUUAUGAAGAGCCAAUCUAGCAGAGGCUCCAGGGAUCCCCCCCAGUCUCCAAGGAAGGCAGAUCUGAAGAUCUAUUAUGAAGAGCCAAUCUAGCAGAGGCUCCGGGGAUCCCAGUCUCCAAGUUCUGAAGACCUCAGAAAAGCCAGUCUAGUAGAGGCUCCGGGGAUCCCCAGUCUUCAGGGAAGCACAAGAUCCGGGAAUCCCCACCAAAAAUCGAGUGGCAUAAAACAAAACUAAGCUUGAGAAGAGGCGUCUGUAUCGGUAUCAUUUAUCACAAUGAUUUGUCAAGUUUUCUUGAACGCACUCCCAGCUUUUGCAGCCGGAUUGAUUUUAUUGCUCAGGAUUGUUAUGGCGGGCGGUGUCAACUGGAGAGCUGCUCUUGUAGCAGAGUUCCAUUGUUGUGAUGUUGCUCGUCAGGACCUGUUGGAUUUCAGGAUUGAGAACAGAGUGCGCCGCAUUCUGCACUCCAUCCUGAACUCUAUCGGAUUAUCGUCUCUUAUUCAAUAUGAAGAACCUUCUCUCUCGGCCUGCGAUGGGCGUCUGCAACUCUUAGUGAGGAGCGCCGUCCAGGGCGCAGCAUCGGAGGAGGUUCUCCAUAGUUUGGAUCAACUAAUAUUUUGGCCUAAAAUGAUUGUGUUCGUGAUAGGAUUCGCCAUUACAAUGCUCUUGGCUAAAAGACUGAAGAAGAUGGCAAAAGAGAUCUGGACUUUGGACAACGAAAAGGACAAUGUAUUGACAGACAUGGACGAAGAGGAAGCACCUAAGGCACCAGAGGAUGAGAGAAACUUGGAAGAGGAAGUGGACGAAGACGAAGUGCCUAAGACAGAUGAAGAGGACUUGCCUAAGACAGAUGAAGAAGACUUGCCUAAAACAGAAAAAGAGGCCUUGCCUGAAACAGAAAAAUAUGACUUGCCUGAAACCGAAAAAGAGGACUUGCCUAAUACCAUAGAAGAAGAGGACAAGCAAGUCUUUGAAGAGGAAGAUAAAGAAGCAGAAGAGGAAGAGGUGACAGAAGAUACUGUGGAGAUGCCUGGUCCAGAAGAAUUGACGAGUUCUGAGAAAGAUCAAGAACUAGAAGAUGGCCAGGUAGAGAACGUCGACGAGGUCCCCCGCGAGAAAAACGUUCCCCUCAAGCUGAAGAAGGAAAUCAAAUGGAUUCGUGGAGAUCUGUUUGAAUUCCCUUUAGCAAAGGAGGAGAAACUCAUUCUCCGGAAAAUAGGACAAGAAGUCAGUGAAUUUACUAAGUUCUACAACGUUCGCCUGGUCCUUCCCGAAGACGACGUCGAGGAAGAAGUUGCCUAUUUGGAGGGGGCUGAGAAUCGCGUCAAGAUGGCCUUUGUACAUAUCCAAGAAAUUUUAGAAGAGCAGGAAAGGGAAGGAUAUGUCGUCGGUGGCGAAGAACUGGACAGUUUAGAACUCUCCUCUCCUCCUCCUCCUCCUGAGGAAUCGAUACAGGAGGCCGAAAAUAAUCUGAAUUUUGCUGCCAUACUGAAAAGGGUUCCCAAACAGGUAAAGGUGAAGAAACAGACCUUUUUCAUUGUGCAACGUAAGACUUUCCCCGUCCUGGAGGAAUUACCAGUAGAUUGGGAUGAGGAGGAGGAGGAGGACGAUAUGCCAUUCGAGAGCGAUGAUGAAAUGAUUGAGGAAGAUGACUGGGAGGUCGAAGAAAAGAGGCAGAAGGUGAUAGUUGAAAUAUCCCUUCGAGAGGCUCCUGAAGAGGAUGGGCAAGAUGGUAUGACCAGAUUUGUGCUGAAAUCUUUGCCCUCAAGGGAACCCAGUCUUCCUCCUCAAGCAAAAGAGGACAAUGCUCUCCUAAAGGAAAAAGAUCACCAAGAGGAAAAAGUGGAGACAGAGACCCCAAUUCGAGAAAAAGAAGAGGAAAGCGAUCAUACAGAAGAAGAAGAGGAGGAACAAGAUCCAGCUCCAGUUGUGGAAAAUGGAAGAACUCCUCUCGAGGAGAAAGAGGAAGAGGUCACCCUGAAAGAAGAGGCAGAAGGAAUUAGCUCUAAAGAAGAACAAGAGGAAACUGUUUCUCCUCAUGAAGAAGACCAGGCUUGUGGCUGUGAAGAAUCUCUAGCAACGACUGAGAAAGCGGCAGGAAAGUUGUCGUAUGCUAACAUUGCGAAGAUUCUUCCUGAAGAGAAGACUUGUGGUGGCCCUGUGGAUGACUCACGAACGAAACCUGUUAAUCCCACCAAAACAGAACGACCUGGCCGAAGUACACGUAACUGGAAAACGACUCUAGCCAAACGAUGCGGGCCUCUCAAACACUGCGGAGGCAAAACCUUCUCCUUCGUGUGCGAGAAGGACCUGGACUUGGGAAUGAUCAUUGGCAGAGGAGGAAAAUUCGCCAAGAUGGCCAGGAAUGAUCAUGGAGUCGUGAUGAACGUCAGGAACGAUGGAUCGAGGACAGUUCAGCUCACAGGACCUAAAAGGAAUGUUGAGAAGGUCUUCAAAGAGAUCAAGUUCCGAGUAGAUAAGGUCUUCGACUUGAAUGAACUGCCUAAAGUGUCGGAAGCACUUUUUGCUGUUGGAAAAGAAGACUUUGUCAUGCUUGUUGAUCAGGAGUUUAGGGAGGCCAUAAGAGGGCCACAAGACAUAACCCUGCGGAAACUCAUCAGGGAAUUGGAAGUGACCAUAUACCUCCCAGACCAAAAUGAUGAGCGCGGUUACAUCAGCAUCUAUGGCCCACUCGACAAAGCCCAAAGAGCUGAGAGGAUAAUAUCGGAAAUGAUUGACAAUGUCAAGGACUGGCCCACGGAAAACGACCUGAAACUCGUGGGCUUGGAUUGGUACGAAUUUAACUUAGGCCUUGAGAGCAGACGCCACCUUCUUGCCCUCAACGGACAAGGGGGUAAGGAAAUCAAGGGCCUGUUCAAAGUGGACCUGGUUCUCCCAAUGGAAGAUGACCAAAGGGAAAUUGGCUUUUUGGGAGGAGAUCUGAAACAGGUCAAAAAAGCCCACGACCACCUUCAGUUCAUCCUGGAAGAGGUUAACGUAAGGAGUUGUGAUAUCAAGACUGAAGGAUUAAGCAGAGUUGGGCCGGGCAAGUAUCGUUUGGAAGUUGAAGCUCAGCGUAAGGGCCUUCUAGUCGGCCGCAAUGGCGACAACCUGAGGAAGAUCGAGAAGGACAACAGCGUCAGGAUCAUCGUCAACAAGAAAACCGACGACUUUGUCAUAAUACAAGGUCGAUUAAUGGACGUUGAGAAGACUUGCCUAGACGUCAGGGAAGCCAUGAAGCCCACUGCUCAAAGAGGAAGUGGAGUAAGGAAUUUCCCUGAGCAGGAAAUUGUCCAAGGUCUGACCAAGGUAGGAGAUGACCAGUACAGAAUCAUCCUCGACAGGGAGGAACGAGCAAUGGUCAUCGGGAUAGGAGGCCAGAACAUCAGAAGGAUGACCACUGACCACAAGGUCACCUUCCAAGGCCCUAGGAAGGACGAGACCUCCAAGAAUUGCAUCGUCCGAGGGAAAGAAGAGGGCGCAGUUGCCUUCUUUAAAGAGGUCAUGGAAAUUGUCAAGACUAAAGGACAGAAGAGGAAAACCGACCAUGGGCCUCGAAGGAGCCAACGUAAGGCAACUUUAGGCGACUUCUUCUGAGGUCAAGAAAGGAUGAAGGAGUUGGCGAAGAGCGUUGUACUGGAGAG